AGGGUGUGCAGCAUUUCGGGGUGUCCGGUUCGCGCCGGAGGGCUGAGAGCGCUCCGAGAGGUCGGGACGAUUUACGUGUGAUCCAGGAAACAGCGACACGACAGCAUCAUGGCGUUCGCCGGACUCAAGAAACAAAUCAACAAAGCGAAUCAGUACAUGACAGAGAAGAUGGGCGGAGCGGAGGGAACGAAGCUCGACGUUGAUUUCGUGGAUAUGGAGAGGAAAACAGACGUCACGUAUGAGCUUGUGGAGGAGCUACAGAUGAAGACGAAGGAGUUCCUUCAACCAAACCCAACAGCAAGAGCGAAGAUGGCUGCAGUGAAAGGUAUCAGCAAGCUCAGCGGUCAGGCAAAGGCGUCCACUUAUCCUCAGCCGGAAGGUGUACUUGGCGAUUGCAUGCUCACUUAUGGCAAGAAAAUGGGCGAAGACAGCAUUUUCGCCCAGGCUCUCAUUGAAAUGGGCGAAGCCAUGAAGCAGAUGGCAGACGUGAAGUAUUCUUUGGAUGAUAAUAUCAAACAGAACUUCCUCGAGCCACUGCACCAUCUGCAGAUCAAAGAUCUCAAAGAAGUGAUGCACCAUCGGAAGAAACUGCAAGGCCGUAGACUGGACUUUGAUUGCAAGCGAAGACGCCAAGCAAAAGGUUCUCACGUUUCAGACGAGGAGAUUCGUCAAGCUGAAGAGAAGUUUGAGGAGAGUCUCCAUUUGGCACAGAUGGGCAUGUUCAAUCUGCUGGAGAACGACGUCGAACAAGUAGCACAAUUGGCAACUUUCAGUGAGGCUCUUCUUGAAUAUCACCAACAGUGCACCGAGGUCCUCAGAGGAUUGACGGAAACACUCUUGGAAAAGAAAGAAGAGGCCCUAAAUAGACCAAAGAUGGAAUUUGUGCCGAAGACACUGGCGGAUUUGCACGUGGAUAGUGGAUUGCCGACGUCGGACCAUAUGAACGGGGCAAGUCGGUCCGGCUCUCCGACUCAUGCGGACGGGAAGCGCUCGCAGCUCGAGCUAUUUCCGGCCGGAAACCCGCCACAAUCUACCAAUGCUUCACCCUUGCCCUCGCCGAGCAAAUCACCAGCGAGAACGCCGAUAACACAGAGAACGCCUUGCUGCACAGCCCUGUACGACUUCGAACCUGAGAAUCCUGGGGAACUUGGAUUUAAGGAGAACGACACGAUCACCUUGACCCAGAAGAUCGACGAGAAUUGGUUUGAGGGCAGUCUGGACGGCCGCACCGGUUACUUCCCCGUGACCUACGUGCAGGUCGUAGUGCCAUUACCCUAAGAGGACGCCGCGCAUCUCGAAGCCAAAGACCCAGCGUAUUCGUUCACUAGCGUCUACCAUUACAGGAUUACUCUACUCUCCAGCUAGCCUAAAACCUAGACGACCUUUCGACGACCUAUCUUUAUCUAUCUAUUGUCACUUAUGUUGCGAUUUCCAGCUUACGUCCAAGACACGAUCCCGAGUUUCUCUAGACUUUUCUCCCCGCCUUCUACACAGAGACCCCCUUUCCCCUCCCUGCAGACCCAAGAAUAGACCUCUGUUACGCAUGUUAAUGUACAUAUAUAAUGUUAUAGUGUAUUUUAUCGACGUAAGGAUCUUCGCGCGCGCAGAGAUACACACACAUACACAUGAAUGCAUACCCAGGAAGUACGUGCAUAGAUACAUACAGACAUAUUAUACAUAUAUAUACAGAUACAAACGCGUAAAUACCUAUGUUAAUAUAUACACACACAUAUACAGACAUACAACACAUCAAAGUACCUACGAUAGCAGUUCACUGUCAAGGGCGGCUCUCUCCUCAUCUCUACUUUUCUACAUUUUAUCUUCCAUCUCGUCGAGAUGCUUUCGGGAUAUUUUCAAUACAGUUCGAGUGCACAAAGGAAGAAAUUCGAGCCUAGCGUGAAUCGAUUUAUGGUGGAGCGCGAAUUUUCCGAUAGUUCCCUCUGGCAUUUAAUUAAUUUUGCCACCGAAAGUGUCGUAUCGUUCCGAUAACGAACCGAUAACUCGGCACUCGUUUGCUUUGUUGCAAGCUAUACGUCGCCCAGAUAUUAUGUAUCGCUUGUGGAUUUUGGAUCGGGGUGAGAUUACUCCAGUCAAUUGAAUUCGUCGUUAAGGUAAGUGGAAGCUUUUAACUGUAGCAUUCAUUGUUGAAACUAGUGUCAAUUCUGAUUAGAUCUCUUUUCUUAAUAUCAUAUUAUUAAUAUUAAUACCAUUAAUAUAAUUAUUAAUAUAAUUAUUAAUAGUAUUAAA